AUGAAAGGAUUAAAGUGCCAACCACCGUUGUCCAUCCUGCAUCCUGGGGUGUUCAGCGGUACCUCUGGAUGCGAAUGGAAUGGGUGGAACAAGCUCAAGAUUGCCGUUGUCAUCCACUCUUUGGAAGACGACCAAUUCACGAUCUGUAAGAAGAAAACCGUGUUGAGAAUUACCAGUUGGCCUGGGUCAGUGCUUGGCGAUACUGGGUAA